AUGGCCCUGAGAACGCUUGGCGCAAAGGCGGCUGCGGCCCUGGAUAAGGACCUGAUGAGCACCGGUGCCUUUUCCCUUGACCAGCUGAUGGAGCUUGCCGGGCUGUCCGUUUCUCAAGCUGUCUACCGUGUCCAUCCGCCUAGCCGAGGCGUGAACGUUUUGAUUGCUUGCGGACCUGGCAACAACGGCCAUGAAGCUUACCCGGCUACAGGGGGGGACGGAUUGGUUGCCGCCCGGCAUCUUCGUCACUACGGCUAUAAGCCAACUAUCUAUUACCCCAAGAGAAGCAAGAAUGAUUUGUACCAACGACUGGCGCAGCAGCUGGUGGAUUUGAACGUCCCAUUCGUUGACGACUUCUCGGCGGCUCUCAAGUCGACGGAUCAUGUCGUGGACGCCAUUUUUGGAUUCAGUUUCUCUGGCGAAGUUCGGGAGCCAUUCCCCGCGGUGAUCAAGGCGCUUGAAGAAACCAGUUUGCCGGUAACUUCGGUUGACGCCCCUUCGUCGUGGAACAUCGAGGCCGGCCCGCCUUCGUCUGGCCCUGGCAGCUCUUUCCAACCUGCAGUACUCGUCAGCCUGACGGCACCCAAGCCGUUGGUGAAGCAUUUUAAAGGACGCCACUUCAUCGGCGGAAGAUUCGUAUCGCCGGGCAUUGCUGAAAAGUACAAUCUGGACAUUCCGCAGUACGAAGGCAUCGACCAGGUGGUGGAAGUUGACAAUAACGGCCAAAAGCUAUAA